AUGGAACCUUUUAGCCCUCUGCUUCAGAAGAACUCAUGUUACCUCUGGUUGCCAGAACAUGAGCAAGCAUUCAACGAAGCUAAACGUCGCCUUAGCUCACCACCUGUUCUAACCUACUUUGCUGUCAACCGUCCAACUUUGUUCGCCACUGAUGCAUCUCGUCUGCACGGUCUUGGUUUUGUUCUUCUACAAAUGGUUGACGGUGUAUGGAAGCCUGUUCAAGCGGGUCCCAGAUUCUUGACCCCCAACCGAAAGCCGCUAUGCUGUGAUAGAGCUGGAAGCUCUUGGUGCUUACUGGGCCAUGAAGAAAUGUGA